CUGCACAUUCCUCUUCCUCGCCCACUCUCGCUUUCCUCCUUCUUGCACCAUCAUCCUUCGACCGCAGCCCCUCUCGCGGCGCGGUUGCCUUGACCUCGCACGCCCCCCCUCGCGCUUCUCGCUCUGCGUUUGCGCCCGCCCAUUCGCUGCAGCGCGCUCUUGUGGUUCCGCGGCAGACAAAGCUGAACUUCGUCGUUCUGUUCUUCCUCUGCUGCAUCCUCGGCGGCGGCCACCCACCAACCCAAUGUCCUCAUCCGACGACGACACGCCCCUGGUGAGGGGAAGGCCCAAUGGAGUAAAAUCCGAAGAUCGCAUAUCAAAAAGCGUCGACCAGGCCAUGGACAAGCAGAUUCCCUCCAACGGCCAUGUCGAGCCCGGCGUCUCCGUCCGAAUGGGCCCCAUCGAGGAGAUGGAUGUCGACACUCCGCCAACCAACGGCAACGUCAACGGGAAGCGCAAGGCGCGCAGCAGCCUCACGAAUGGCCGCUCAUACAAGGAGGAGAGCAGCUCUGAGGAUGAUGAUAAACCACUGAGUAAGCGCCGAAGGACGUCUCAGCAAGCGAAACGGGUCAUGGAAGAUUCCGAGUCGGAGCUCAGCGAUGUCCCACUGAAGGCUAGGAAGCCCCCCAAGGCCACCGCCGCCCAGAUCGGAGAGUCAUCCGACUCCGAUAUCCCCCUCAACACUAGGCUGGAAAAAAAGAAGGAGAGCAUCGAGAAGGCCGCCGCGAAGGAGGCCAAGACCAUCCGGAACAAGGAAAAGGCUGCUGCAAGCAAGCGCAAGCCGAAGGCCGCCAAGAGUGAGAGCGACGAUGACGUUCCUCUCGCGAAGAAAAAGAAGCAGCCUGCGAAGAAAACUCCAAACGGUGUCAAAAAGGACGAAUCUGACUCCGAUGCCCCCCUUGCAAAGAAGGCCCAGCCGAAGAAAACGAAAGUGAAGGCUGAGCCCGCCACGCCUGUGAAAAAGAGCAAAGGAAAAGCUAAGGCGGAGGAGAAGACCGCGCAGGACGAAGAGGCUGAGGACGAGGAGGACGAGUACCGCUGGUGGGAAGAUCCGACAAACGGUGAUGGCACCAAGAAGUGGACAACCCUGGAGCACAACGGCGUCGUCUUUCCGCCCGAGUAUGAGCCUCUCCCAUCGCAUGUCAAACUCAUCUACGAAGGGGUUCCAGUCUCGCUGCACAAGGAUGCCGAAGAAGUCGCAACCUUCUAUGGCAGCAUGCUCAACUCCACCCACAACGUGGAGAAUCCGACGUUCAAUGAGAACUUCUUCAAUGAUUUCACGGCCAUUCUGGAUAAGACGGGCCACGGCAAAGACAAGCAUGGCAACACCGUAAAGAUCAAGAAGUUCGAGAAAUGCGACUUCAAGCCUAUCUUCGAAUGGUUCGACUCGGAGCGUGCCAAGAAGAAAGCUCUUCCAGCUGCAGAGAAGAAGGCCCUCAAAGCCGAGAAAGAAGCAGCUGAGGCGCCUUACAUGUACUGUAUGUGGGACGGUCGCAAGCAGAAAGUCGGGAACUUUAGGGUCGAACCCCCAGGCCUCUUCCGUGGCCGCGGCGAGCACCCCAAGACCGGACGCGUGAAGAAGCGCGUCAUGCCAGAGCAGAUUACAAUCAACAUUGGCAAGGAGGCCAAGGUUCCAGAGCCCCCUGCAGGUCAUCGCUGGAAGGAAAUCAAGCACGACCAGGAGGGCACGUGGCUCGCUAUGUGGCAAGAGAACAUCAACGGUGCCUACAAGUAUGUCAUGCUGGCUGCGAACUCCGACAUCAAGGGCCAGAGUGACUUUAAGAAGUUUGAAAAGGCCCGGGAGCUCAAGAAGCACAUCGACCGAAUCCGAGAGGACUACCGACGAGACCUCAAAUCGGAGAAGAUGGCCGACCGGCAGCGCGCCACCGCCAUCUAUCUGAUCGAUCAGUUCGCCCUUCGUGCUGGUAACGAGAAGGGUGAAGACGAAGCCGACACCGUCGGCUGCUGUUCCCUCAAGUACGAACAUGUCACCUUGAAGCCUCCGCACUUUGUCAUCUUCGACUUCCUGGGUAAAGAUAGUAUUCGUUUCUACGACGAGGUGACGGUCGAUCCCCAGGUCUUCAAGAAUUUGAAGAUCUUCAAGAAAGCCCCAAAGACUACUGGGGAUGAUGUCUUCGACCGUCUGACCACUUCUGCGCUCAACAAGCACUUGACGAACUAUAUGCCGGGCCUGACAGCCAAGGUCUUCCGUACCUACAACGCUUCCUGGACCAUGGCUAGACUUCUCAGGGACAUGAAGGCCGUCGGCUCAAUCCCGGAAAAGGUCAAGGCGUACAACGACGCUAAUCGAGAGGUCGCCAUCCUCUGUAAUCACAAGCGAACAGUAGCUGCUAGCCAUGCUACCUCCAUUGAGAAGAUGCAAGAGAGGAUCAAUGGGCUACGAUAUCAAGUCUGGAGGACUAAGCACAUGAUGAUGGACAUUGACCCCAAGAUCAAGAAGAAGAAGGGCGCCGAGUACUUUGAGCUUCCAGAAGAUCUAGACGACGAGUGGGUCAAACAACACAUCGAUUCUCUUGUCGAAGAGCAGCGCCAGAAGAUCCAGAAGAAAUUCGAGAAGGACAACGAGAAACUCAAGGCCGAGGGUGAGAAGGAGAUGAAGGCCAAGGAGCUUGACCAGCGCCUGGAGGUUGCCGAAGAGCUAGGUAAGAAAUAUCGGAAAGAGCACAAGACCGGCAAGGUCGAAGCAGAAGGCAAGGGUCCUACGAUCGAAAAGAUGGAAGCGAACAUCGACAAGCUCAACCAGCGAAUCGAGACGAUGAAGGUUCAGAUGGAAGACAAGGAAGGGAACAAGGAGGUAGCUCUUGGCACCUCCAAAAUCAACUAUAUCGACCCCCGUCUUACUGUUGUCUUCUCUAAGAAGUUCAACGUCCCGAUCGAGCGAUUCUUCUCGAAGACCCUGCGCGAGAAGUUUGAUUGGGCGAUCAAGUCAGUUGAUGAGAACUGGGAGUUCUAGAAGGGGAAGUCUUCGGACAUUUUCGUGCGGCUUGCAUUAAGGACGGGUGUAUUCAGGUGCGAUCUCAGGCGAUAAAAGGGGGAAGCAUGGCUCGGUUACUGUGGGCGGCGACACGGAGUUUGCAUUUCCAAUUUUUUGCACUCUCUUUUCAUCUAUGCAUAGCGGUCGGGUUUUCGUCAGCGACCGGUCACGGCGUACACUCCCCACGCAUAGGGCUUGCUCUUUGCCUCUUCGGAUUUUAGCUAGCGGUAUGCACUGCAUCCUUCUUGGCUAAGGUAGCGUAAGACCGAAUAUAACAAUCUCUC